CGGCUAAACAGACAGCUAAGUAGACGGCGGGUAGAGUGUACUAGAAGUGUCGCAGGCGCACAAACAUUGUUUAGCUAUGGAGCAAAUCCUCAAAGUUGGAGACAAGGUGCUGGUUUUGUGGGAAGGUCACAUCGACGGUGGAACAGCCACGGUUCUCAAACAGAAAGUUGCAGCUCUGGUGAAAAACGCUGAACUUUGUCAUUUUGAAAAUGUGGAAAAGAUGCUCGAAUCUGAACACCCAGGAUCCAGUUUUGAUGUCGUGCUCGUUGGGUUUGUUACGCCGAAGAUGAGGCCGAGCCGUGACACCUUUGUUAACAUUAUCGGUCUACUAAAGCCGAAUGGAAAGCUCCUUGUCAAGUUAAGUGGAGCAGGUCUGGAUUCUGGCAGCCUCGUUUACAACAUGAAGUUGUCUGGCUUUAUUGAUAUAUCCCAGAAUGUGAAAAAUGAUGACAAUGUGGAAAUAACUUGUUCAAAGCCAAGUUAUGAGAUUGGGUCUUCAUCAAAGCUCGCAUUUGCUGGUUCGUCCACUGGAAACCAAGAAUCCUGUUCAGAUGUAGGCAAGAUUUGGUCAUUGUCUGCACAAGACAUGCUUGAUGGUGAAGUAGACCUUGUUGAUCCAGACCAACUGAUUACUGAAGAAGACUUUAAAAAACCAGACCCAAGUGAUCUCAAAGCAUGUGGUGGUGAGAAGAAGCGACGUGCUUGCAAAAACUGUACAUGCGGUCUUGCUGAAGAACUAGACCGUGAAGCAGCUGCCAAGGCUGCUGCCUCUCAGCAGCAGAAGUCUUCGUGUGGAAAUUGCUACCUCGGCGAUGCCUUUCGUUGUGCCAGCUGUCCAUAUCGAGGCUUACCUGCAUUCAAGCCUGGUGAAAAGAUCGUUCUUACCGAAGACCAACUAGCAGUUGACUCGUAACAGUCAUGUUAUGAAUGAGUGAACAUCUUUGGGAGAAAGUAGCAUGCGACAACAGUCAUGGGCUGCCUUGUGAUGAGCUAAAAUUUUGUUGGCACAUUUCCGUGUGCUUUUCCGUGUGAUCUUGGUUCGCCACCACAUGACUGAGAGAACUUAGGUUGCAUACCUUUUCAAUAAGGUAGUACGCAUGUCCUAGUACAGGCCAGUAGAGUGAUAAUUAAGGGCACAUCUUGUGUUUCACCUAAAAUGCAAGUUCUGCAUACUGCUCUGCAAUAUAAAUAAAUGAUUGUGCGUGUUGAGAUUUUACAGAAUCGCAUAUUGAAAUGUUCAAAUUGUACAAAGUUUGUACUGCACCUUAAAUGACAUACAUAGACACGGCGUACAUAAACACAGGACUGGUUUAACUCAUGCCUGUCGUGAAAUGCUGGCUGCUGUUUGCGGGAUAAUACCAUGAUAUGCUUGUAUAGUACGUCAGCAUGCGUUGGUGACAUCUUUGCAACAGAACUCAAAGCUACACGACGCUGGUCUCAAUUAAACCGUUUCAAGACACA